GUGGCAAGACCUAACCUAACCUUAGGCCCUCCAUGAUCUAGCUAGAUCUAACCUCCAAACUCGUGGCUGUAAAGAUUGAGAAAGGAAAAAUAGAAAAGAUUAAUUUCCUUCGUUUUUAUAACUGGCAUCAUGAAUUCUUUAGCGAGACUCUCACGUAGGAAAUUGUAUCAGGAGCUGAUGGUACGACUGCAGUCAACAACUGCAACGUCAGCUUCAUCCUCAGAUAUCCAUGUUCCAAACAGGAUAGAACGUAGUCCAACAGAUAUUCUCAAGGCUUUGGAAAGUACAAUAUCCAGGGAUUAUACAGCACCACAUUAUAAAUUUCAUGACGACCCCUACUUGAUGCCGUUGUCACAAAUACAGCAUCGCUCAUAUGCUUUGGCAAAAGAGUCUGGAAAGAAAACUGCAAUGUGGGUUUGUCAGGAGCAUCGUGAUUUAUUUCAGCAUAAAGUAGCAGAUCCUGAAAUAAAGGCUUUUGUACCACCUCCCAUUUACACAGAAGAAAGCAAAGUGACGGAGGAAACGUUAUUAUAUGAGAUAUCGAAUGGUCACGUUUCCAACUCUAUCACAAUAUACGAUUUAUUAAAAGGCGAGAUAACAGUACCAACAAAACAGGCACUCUUGGAAUUAUUGUGCUUUUACAAUAACACCAAACAAACCAGCGACGAACUACUCGAGUCUCGUUGGUACAGAUUUAACCAGAAACAUAACAAGAAUGUCUGGAUAAAUUAUCCACAGAUCGAUAUCCUGUUUAAUUUUUUGAAGGAACAAGAAUCUACAGCAGCCGCUGCAUAUACCGCAAUGAUAUGCGGUUUGGCUAAACAUUUCAGUCUGGACAAAGCUUGGCAUUUGUAUGAUGAGAGUCAAGGAAAAAAUAUAGCGUUAUCUAUUGAUGGAUAUAAUGCUUUAAUGUCGCUGAUACCAAUGCUGAAGCAAGGAGAUGACAAAUCAAAAUCGUUGGUAAUGGAUAUAUACAGAGCAAUAGCUGCAAAUGGGAUCACUCCAAAUAUAUGUACUUUUAAUGCCGCUCUUAAUGUAGCGACUGUUAUGAAAACCAACCGAACAGUUUUAGAUUUUACUCGUAAUAUACUUGCCGAUAUUACGAAAUUCAAGCUAAAGCCAUCAUUAACUACGUAUUAUUAUAUGCUGCGAAUCUUAAGUAGAUUUGGUGAUGCGUCAUAUAACAGCUUUACGAAAAUCUUGGAAUCUUUGAAGGGGGAGACUAUUACCUUCCAAGAUGAGAAAGAUUUUAAUUUCUUCGUUACCGCGAUGGAAAUGGCGUCUCAGCAGUUCUGUAAUCGCCAAGCAGGUGAAAUGGUGAACGAACUUCUUCUCUCCAGUGAAAACUACAAGUUCAUCGGCGACAACUUUAGAGAACAUGUAUAUUACCGAAUGUAUUUGGAGUUAAUUUUGGCAACGGAAGAAUUCGACACGUUCUUCAAGCUUUAUAACAAGCUUGUACCUCAUGUGACUAUACCGGAACCUGCCGUGAUGAGUGCUAUAUUGGAAGCUCUUAAAUUACAUCCCGCGCAGACUGCUACGCAAUAUAUACCAAAACUCUGGUCGCACAUGGUUAUGUUCGGUCAUCUGGACAGGGAAGAGUUAUUGGAGAAUAUAUUGCAUUUAUUGAGCGUACAUUGUAAAUCCGCGCCCGAUUCUCCGUUGAAUGCGCAAUUCGCGCAGACGGCGCUCACUAUCUGGGAUCAUAUACAAACCCAGAAUACCAAAAGAAUACAGCACUUCGUGGUAUCCAAUACGAUAAUUGGCAAUGUCAUAGUAUUAUUGCUACGUGGAAAUAAUUUCGACAAAGCUAUAGAAAUUGUUUCGUCAUUAGUUCGUUCGCCGCACUUAGUUAAGAAUAGCCAGACCAUUACAGUGGAACAUAUAAAUGAAAUAUUUGAACUGUGUUUAGCGCAAGGACACGUACCAAUGAUUUUUACACUCCUGGAAUAUAUCACUUUCCAUAAUCUAGAAGGAGCCGCGGAUAUGGCUAGAAAGUUACAGAAAACUGUAUCCCUUACCUCUGCCCAGGAAAAUAUAUUAAUUAGUUUAGUGGGUAAUGAUGUUCUCCAGUUACAGAUUUCUGAUGAAAAUUAGUUGUUUGAAAUGUGAAAUAUGUACUAUAAAAUAUAGAAAAUAUAGCAAUCUUUGUAAAAACAUUUAAAGUAUUAAGUAAUAUUUCGCUUUUAAUAAAAUUGUAACAUAUUCAAA